AUGCGCUUCCUCCCCUCCUUCGCUCUUUUGGCGGGUGCCGCCAGCGCCGCUUCAUCCUGGUCUUUUUCUGAUGGCGCAGUCGAGGUCACCAGCAAAGGCUCGGUCUCCACCUCCUACAUCUUCGCCGACGUCCAGGAAACCGUACAGCUCGGCCAAGCUGACAGACUGAAGGUCUCGCUCACGGCGAAGGAUGGCAGCAAGGCAAAGAGACCGCACCAGGCAUUCCUGAUGCUCAAGGAGAAGCAAACGGGGCUUGAGGCGCCUUACGCACUGACAUUGAAGGAGUCCGGCAAGGGCACGGUCGAGCUUACGCAAAAAGACCUUCCCAUCCAGCUCCUCACCUCGACCGACCCGCUCGAAGCUUCGCUGGUAAUCGGCUCCUUUGGCUCGACAAAGGGUGCCGUGAGCCACGCCUUCAACGUUGCCAUUCUCGUCGACCCCAAUGUCCCCCAACCGCAGUACGAGGCGCCAUUGCGAUAUGGCAAGAAGCCCGAGAUCCACCACAUCUUCCGCGAUGAUCCCAAGAGCCCCCCCAAGAUCAUCAGCCUUGUGUUCGCGCUGGCUGUCGUAGCCACGGUUCCUCUCGUCUUGCUCGGGUGGGCUGCCAUGGGCGCAAACCUGGACCACGCCGCGAAAGCCGUUUCGGGCUCCGCCUCGCACAUUCUGUUCUUCGGGUCCAUCGUCGCUAUGGAGGGGGUAUACUUCCUGUACUACAGUGGGUGGAAGCUGUUCACCGUGCUGCCCUUUAUGAGCAUCAUUGGGCUUGUGGCGUUUCUGAGCGGAAGCAAGGCACUCGGCGAGGUGCAGAGGAGGAGACUUGCUGGCGAGAGAUGAUCAAUCUCUUCGUCCACUGAUCAGGAUUAAGUUGCAUCGGGGCUUGCAGAGCUGAGCCUCGGCUGCAGACAAAAAGGUGCCUACGUAGGCGCACCUGCUUGCAGGAUCACAUGUGCCGCCAACCAAAAAGGCAUAGAUAACAGAGAGUUAAACAUACUAGCCUUCUCGGCGAUUUCCAAGACAUUCAAGGCUUGAGUUACUCAUUGUGGCCAAAUGUCCACGCGUACGCACAUCAUAGUCUUCACUGUAGGACCUUUGGUUUUGAGAGCUUCCUCGGUCCAUAAUAGUAGCGCGCCCGACGUCAUUGCAGCCGAGACGCAACGUCCGGCAUCCCACUGUGCCUG